AUGGGCAACCUGACCCGAGGCUCCGGGUUUGUCCUCCUGGGGUUCGCAGGGGGCCCAGGGGUGCAGGCUACGCUCUUCCUACUCUUUCUGGGGCUGUAUGCGGUAGCCGUGGUGGGGAAUCUGGGCAUGGUGGUGCUCAUCGGGGCAGACGCAGGCCUGCACACGCCCAUGUACGCCCUGCUGCGAAGCCUGUCCUUGCUGGACGCCUGCUACUCUUCCACCAUCGCACCCAGGGCGCUGCGCGACUGUGUGCACCGGGACCGGGCUGUGCCCUUUGCGGCCUGCGCCACCCAGUUCUUCUUUCUGUCUCUCUUUGGGACCACGGAGGCCUUCCUGCUGGCUGCCAUGGCCUACGACCGCUUCCAGGCCAUCUGCAGCCCUCUUCGGUACUCGGCCAGCAUGUCGCCCCAGCUCUGUGCGCGCCUGGUGUCGGGGUCCUGGCUGUGUGGAAGCCUGAACGCGGCCACACAGACAGCUAUGACCUUCUCGCUGCCCUUCUGCGGCUCUCGCGAGCUCAACGCCUUCUUCUGCGAUGUGACCCCGCUACUGCCUCUUGCGUGCUCUGACACCGUGGUCAACCAGCUGGUCCUGCUCGGGCUGUGCGGCGCCAUCAUUGUCGGCACCUUUGGCGUGGUGCUGGCCUCCUACGCCUCCAUCCUCCGCGCCGUGCUUCGCAUCCGCACAUGGCAGGGCCGCCGCAAGGCUUUCUCCACCUGCGCCUCGCACCUGGUGGCGGUGGGCUUGUUCUUUGGCUCGGUGUUCUUCAUGUAUGCACAGCCUGGUGCCGCCACAUCCAUGGAGCGCAGUAAGGUGGUGUCGGUGUUCUACACCGUGGUCAUCCCGGCGCUCAAUCCUCUCAUCUAUGGCCUCCGGAACCGCGACGUGCAACGUGCCCUGCGCAGGACUGGCCGCAAACUCUCUGGGCUGCUGUCGCGGGCAAGGGCUGCCUAA